AAGUUCUUGCCGUUCUUACGCUGCUGGAACUUGUGCUUCAGCUCCGUGAGCUGCCCGUCAGUUCGCCGUGUACUCUCGUUCGAGCGACAGUGUUCCGUCGUGUUCGUAGUUGUCGCGUUCCGUCGUCGUGUCCGAGUCCGAGUCGCGUCAAUCCGGUUUGGGGUUACACGCGCGCGAGGGGGCUCCGUGGAGUUUGGAGGUGCAUUCGCGCUUCAAGCAAAUUUGUACGAGAGAUCGACGAAAGAAUCGUGAACUCUCAGCGAAUUUUUCUCCGAUGAAAUUCACGAGUUCUUCAAUCAAUUAAAUUCCUGAUUGGGGCACCCUGGUGUACAUGUAUGAGGUGGUGUGUGUAACCACUCGUUGAAGGCGCCUACGGGAAGAGAAAUAAAUAAAUUCAAGUGAAAUUGGGGCCCACAAAGUGUGAGGAAGAGUGGAGGGGAAAAAUAAAUUUGAUUAAAUUGAUUGAAAAAAAUCGCUCGGAAUUAAGUCGAGCGCGAUUCUCGUUGCAGUGCCAAAGGUGUGUGAGUGUGAGUGGGGCUCAGGCUCUGCGUGAAAUGGCUCAUUGAAGCCUGCAGCGUUGGUUGUUUUUUUGUGGGGCUGUAUGUGUGAAGCGUGUACGGAAAGCAAAAGUUCAGCCUGUUUGAACUUGUUGGAGCCUGUUUGCUUGCUCGCUCCCCCAAAAAAGGCAAUGUAAAUCAUCAAUCUGUUCCCGUAGUGUUUGUGAAAUUGGAGGCAGCAAAAAAAGAAGAAGAAUAACCUAAGCCUAAAGCAAAAAAAGAAAAAAAAAAAAAAGAAUUGUGUGUGUUUGUGAUUGUGCAAAAAAUAGUACCAAUCCGACGCAAAUUUAGCGAGAAAAGAGAAGUAAAAGGGAAGAUAACCCAGCUGCACCCGACAUCAAUCAGCUGUCAGGCCAGAGUAGAGCAGGAAAAAGCAGAGCAGAUUCAUCUGAAUUGGAUUAACGGCAGCAUCGGCAGAAGGCAGCGGCACAUACGAGCACACAUACACAUACACAGCGCAGCGGCUCCGCCAGACAUAGAGAAGAAGAAAAACAAAAAAAAAGUAUAAAGGAAAAAAAAGGGCGGCGGCGACGUUGUUUGUGUACGUGCGUGACUGCCUCAACAUCCUGCGAGUUAUUUUGAAGGUAAUUGCAUUUUCCAAGCGAGACAAAUUGCUCGAUGGUGCUGAGGCCUAACAUGAGCUAACGCUAGCUAAAGAUGGUCCCAGGAGUGGCGGGCGGAGUGUCACGAGCGCGGUUACUCACGGUUGUCCGGUCGGUUGUUCUGGCCGGCCUGAUAACGCGCGCUCUCGGCGACCCCGCUCCCGUCCCAAACGCCCACGAUGGCGGCAUUCUACAUCAGCAACAGGACGACCCCACCGGGGGUCUUCCGGACAAGUACGUGUUCCAGUUUGCGCACGCCCUGUACAACGUGUCGAUUCCGGAGAACAGCGUCGGCAAGACGUACGCCGUGCAACCGCCGAACGAGGACCGGCUCGGAAUCUACGUGACGCCCGAGCUGGACGUCAAGUACAAGAUCGUCAGCGGGGACAAGGACAAGUUCUUCAAGGCCGAGGAGCGCCUCGUCGGGGACUUUGCCUUCCUGGCGAUCCGACUGCGCACCAGCAACGUAGUGCUGAACCGGGAGAAGGGCGACAGCUACCGGCUGGAGGUCAAAGCGACGGCCACGAAGCGCGAAGGCAAGAGCCGAAUCUCGCUGGAAGCGGACACCACAAUCGACGUCCGCGUCCUGGACACCAACGACCUAAGUCCGCUCUUCUACCCGACCGAAUACUCGGUGACGAUCUCCGAGGACACUCCGCUGCACAAAAGCAUCCUGCGGGUAAUCGCCGAGGACGCUGAUUUGGGUUUGAACGGGGAGAUCUACUACAGUAUCCUCGACGAGACAGAACAGUUUGCGGUGCAUCCAACGACGGGUGUGAUUACGCUGACGAGGCCACUGAAGUUUACGGAUCGGUCGUUGCACGAGCUCACGGUUACGGCUAGCGAUCGGGGGAUUGGAUCUGGAUCGGGGCGGAAUCAGGCGAGCAAGGCGCGGGUGAAGAUUAAGAUUCGACAGGUCAAUCUAUUCGCGCCGGAUAUUUACGUGCAGGCGCUGCCGGACAUUUUGGAGAACUCGAACAACAACCUGUUUGGGAUCGUGCGCGUCGAGGACAAGGACAAAGGCGUGCACGGCCAGAUCAAGAGUUUGGACAUUGUGGACGGGGAUCCCGAUGGGCACUUUCGGAUCAAGGCGACUGGGCGGGGCGGGGAGUUUGUGAUUGAGGUGCACCGGUUGUUGGACCGGGAGACGGCUCCGGUGGGGUAUAACUUGACGCUGAGGGCGGUGGACAGGGGGGUUCCGUCGCGGCAGAGUUACAAGGUGAUUCCGGUGCACUUGGCGGACAUUAAUGACAAUGCGCCGGUGUUUAAUCGGGAGAUUUACGAGGUGUCGGUGCCGGAGACGAGUCCGCCGAACACGCCGGUGAUUCGGCUGAAGGUGACGGAUCGGGAUGAGGGCAAGAAUGCGCAGGUGUUUCUGGAGAUUGUGGGCGGAAACGAGGGGGGAGAGUUUCGAGUGAAUCCGGAAACGGGGAUGUUGUAUACGGCGGUUCCGUUGGAUGCGGAGUUGAAGGCGUUUUACACGUUGACGGUGUCAGCGAUUGAUCAGGGGAACACGGGGACGAGGAAACAGUCGUCGGCGAAGGUGAAGAUCAAUGUGCAGGACACGAACGAUAAUGAUCCGAUUUUUGAGACAAAUAAUAUGACAAUAAAGGUGGAUGAGAAUGAACCGGCGGGGACGACUGUUACGAAGGUGACGGCGCGGGAUAAGGAUCUCGGAGAGAAUGCAUACAUAUCGUAUAGUAUAGCGAAUCUGAAUGAUGUCCCGUUUGACAUUGACCACUUUUCCGGGGUGGUUCGGACUUCCAAGUUGCUGGACUAUGAAAGCAUGCGUCGAGAGUACAUUUUGCGGGUACGAGCCUCCGACUGGGGACUUCCGUACCGACGGCAGACAGAGAUGCAGCUGAUCAUCAAACUAAGAGACGUCAAUGACAAUCGACCCCAGUUUGAGCGGAUUGAUUGUGUUGGGAGAAUCCCUCGCUACACUCCAAUUGGGACGGAGAUAUUCACUCUUUCUGCGCUGGACUUUGACUACGGAAGUGUGAUCACCUACCGGAUGGUGUCCGGUAAUGAGGAUGGAUGCUUCAACCUGGACCCGGGAACGGGCGUCAUCUCCGUAGGCUGUGAUCUCGGUGACAUCGGCGUCGAGUACCGUGAGGUCAACGUGACCGCCACCGAUGGGACGCACUUUGCCGACACGGCCCGCAUCCAGAUCAACCUGGUGCAGAACAAACGCAAUCUGGGCAGUAACCUCAAAGCCGAAGACGGCGCCAUGUUCGAGUGUCGGGAAACCGGAGUUCGUCAACGCCUCGUUGACAUCCAGGCGUCCGCCGAACGCAAUAACAUGCCCGGACGGGACGUCAGCAACGGCGAUGACUUUGCCAUGAUGCCCAGCCGGUACGGCGAGAACGUUCACGCACCCGAGUUUGUCGACUUACCGCUGGAGGUCAAGGUCAACGAGUCGAUCCCACUCGGCACCACAAUCACCUGGAUCAAGGCGCGCGAUCGUGACCUAGGUUACAACGGCAAGCUCGUGUUCGGCAUCUCCGGCGGAGAUGACGACUCCGUCUUCCGGCUAGACCCCGACAACGGAGAGCUCAAGAUCAUCGGCUACCUCGAUCGCGAACGUCGCGACGAGUACUUCCUCAACAUCACCGUGUACGAUCUGGGCAAACCCCAAAAGUCAAUCUCCAAAGUCCUCCCCAUCACCGUCCUCGACGAGAACGACAACGUGCCGCGCUUCGAAAAGUCCCUCGCGAGCUUCCGCGUCACCGAGAACGCCCUCAACGGCACGAUCAUCUUCCGCGUCAACGCUACGGACGCCGAUCUCGGCAACAACGCCAAGGUAACGUACAGCCUCAUCACCGACACCAAAGACUUCCGCGUAGACCCCGAAACGGGUGUCCUCUCCGUGAUCGCUCCGCUCGAUCGCGAACGUCAGGAGAUCUACGAACUGCGCAUCCGAGCAACGGACGGUGGCGGCGAUCAAAGCACACCCGCCCUCUUCUCGGAAGCCCUGGUUCGCGUCACCGUCGACGACAUCAACGACAACGCGCCCGAGUUUAGCAUCCAGGAUCUCAGCGUCCGCAUCCGGGAAGACGUGCCCAAGGGAACCGUCGUGACGGUAGUGUCCGCGGUCGACCUGGACUCCGGUCCGAGCAGUGAAAUUCUGUACAGUUUCGGAGAAAACGGGGACGGCGAGGGCUCGUUCAAGAUCGACAAGCAGUCCGGCACGAUCCGAACGGCGAAAAUGCUAGACUUUGAGGAGCGUCAGAUUCACAGCUUGAUUGUGAAGGCGAUCGACCGGGGAACGCCCUCACUCUCGUCGGAAACCUCAGUGAUUGUGGAAGUGAUCGAUGUGAAUGAAAACAAGUACGCGCCACAGUUUGAAGAUUUCGUGCUGAUCGGGUCGAUUACGGAGAACAAACCGCCGGGGGCGCACGUCAUGCAGGUCACGGCCAAGGAUCUGGAUCCACCAGGGCCGGACUCGCGCGUCAGCUACUCGAUCAAAGGCGGAGACGGGCUGGGCAUUUUCGCCAUCGACAAUGAAGGAACCAUCCGCACCCUGGCCACGCUCGAUCUGGAAUCCAAACCGAGCUACUGGCUGACGGUGUGCGCCCAGGACCAGGCCGUCGUUCCGCUGCACUCGUGUGUUCAGGUAUUCAUCCAGGUGCAGAACGAGAACGACAACGUGCCGCUGACGGAGGAGGCCGUCUACUAUCCGUCCGUGCCCGAGAGCAGCCCCAACGGCGUCAAGGUGCUCCAGCUGAUCGCCGAGGAUCGCGACAUCGAUCCGCUGCAGCAAAUCUCGUACCGCAUCACCUCGGGCAAUCCGGAGGGAUUCUUCGCCAUCAACAGCACUAGCGGUUUAAUUACCACUACGGCAAGAAAACUCGACCGGGAAAACCAAUCCGAGCAUAUUUUGGAGGUCCUCGUGAUGGACAACGGCGCCCCGCAGCUCUCGUCGACGACCCGCGUCGUCGUGCAGGUCGAGGACGUCAACGACCACACGCCCGAGUUCGACCAGAAGCUGUACAAGGUGCAAAUUCCGGCCAACGCCAAAAUCGACCAGGUCCUGUUCCAGAACGAUUACGCAGCAGGCCACGAGGAUCUGAUGUAUCAAGCGCCGGAGCUGGAGCUUGGCCAGAUGCAGGCGGCCGAUCCGGACGCAGGCCUGGAGGAGGGCACUUGGGAGACCUUUCCGGAUAAAGAUUUCCGCGGACUGCAGGUGGUGCUGCGGGUACUCGCCACGGACCAGGACAUGGGCGAGAACGGUCGCGUCACGUACUCGAUCAAGUCGGGCCGCGGCAAGGCGAAAAAGUUCCGCAUCGACCCGGACACCGGCAUAAUCUACGCGGCCAAAUCGUUCGAGGUGGACACCGAGUACGACCUGCUCGUGAAAGCGGAGGACAACGGAGUGCCGAAAAAGUCGCAACAGGCACGGGUCAGCAUCGCCGUCGUGGACGUUCCGGCCAAGUCGGAGAACGCACCGGUGUUGAAAACGAUUGACCAGCAUGUUGAGGUGACGGAGAGUGACACGCCCGGGUUCUUGGUGGCGUUGAUACAGGCAAUGGAUUAUGACGGGGAGCAGUUGUGGUUUGAUAUUGUGGGUGGGGACGAGCGGAAUGAGUUCUAUAUUGGACGGGAUAAUGGAAACGUGCUGUUGGCGAAGUACUUGGACUGGGAGACGCAGAAGGAGUACAAUUUGACGAUUAGCAUCUCGGACGGGGUGCACGUAGUUUACACCCAGCUGUACGUUUCGGUAAUUGAUAUAAACGACCACCGGCCGGAGUUUACCGAGUCGUUGUACCGGGUGGACAUUUCGGAGAGCAUUGAGGAGGGUACGGAGGUGCUUCAGCUGCAUGCGACUGAUGCCGACGAAGAUAAGAAGCUGUUUUACAGCUUGCACGCGGCACGUGACCCCGUUUCGUUGAAACUGUUUCGCGUGGACUCGGUGAGCGGGAGUAUCAUUACGGCGCACAAGUUGGACCGUGAAGCGUUGGCUGAGCACGUACUUAUUGUGAUCGUGAAAGAUCAGGGAACUCCAGCGAAGCGCAACUACGCCAAGGUCAUCAUCACUGUGCACGAUCACAACGAUCACGCGCCUGAGUUCACAAGCAAGAUCGUUCAAGGCAAGGUGUACGAAACGGCGACCGUUGGAACGCGGGUCGUGCAGGUGUACGCCAUUGAUCGGGAUAUUGGUGACAACGCCAAGAUCACCUACUCGAUCGUCAGCGGCAAUAUCGGCAAUGUGUUUAACAUCGAUCCGACCAUGGGCGUCAUCAGCGUUGCGAAAGACCUGGAUAUUAGCGCCCUCUCCGAGUACAUGCUCCAGGUGAAGGCUUCCGACGGUGGCAAACCCUCACUCUCCUCGCAAAUCCCCGUCCAUGUAAUGAUCAACAUGGCGGACAACGCCCCACCACGCUUCACCUCCGUCGACCCAGCCGCCGAAAUCUACGAAAACCUCCCCAUCGGAACCUUUGUCAUCCACAUCGAAGCGCGCAGCACCUCCUCCCUUCAGUUUGAGAUCAUCAGCGGCAACGUGAACGACAUGUUCUUCAUCAACCCUUCGACCGGGGUCAUCACCACCAAGGACAUCCUCGACUACGAAACGAACAAGUUCUACAACCUCACCGUGCUCGCUACAAACAUGGCCUCGGCCAACGCGACCUGCGCCGUGAUCAUCAACGUGCUCGAUCGCAACGACAACGUGCCGUACUUUGAGCAGCAGGUCUACAAGGGAGAAGUGUCGGAAGCGGCGCCAAUUGGCUCGCUAGUGCUGACGCUGAACGAACUUCCGCCGAACGUCAGCCAACUGUUGGUGAAUGUAUCGCUUCCGUUGGUGAUCAAGGCCAAGGAUGCGGACUCGGGGUUGAACGCGCUGUUGCACUACGACAUACUGGAGGUUAUGCCGAGGAGGUACUUCCACAUUGACUCGAGCACGGGGGCGAUCAAGACCAUUAUGCACCUGGACCACGAGAAGAUACCGUUCUUCAGUUUUCAUGUUAAGGUAACUGAUCUCGGAAAACCGCGCCUCACAUCGGAGACCACGGCCGAGGUUCGGAUCGCGGUCAACGACGUCAACGACUGUGCGCCGGCCUUCACCCAGAAGGAGUACAAUGUUACAUUGCUGCUGCCAACGUACGAAAACGUGGCCGUAAUACAGGUGAACGCCACCGACGAGGACAGCUCCGAAAACUCAACACUACGAUAUGACAUCAUCGAAGGCAAUCGCGACGGAGUGUUUGUGAUCGACGCCGGAAGUGGCAUCAUUACGACGCGGGACGUCGAAAGCAUCGGAUCGCAGUACAAGCUGGGCGUGCGGGUGUCAGAUGGGAAGUUCUCGAAGGUCGCCUACGUGAACAUCCAGGUUGAGACGUCGGAAAAUUCCGGGCUGAUCUUCCAGAAGUCGAUCUACGAGGGAUCGAUCUUGGAGAAUAGUACGAAGAUCACGACGGUAACGGUCGUCAACGUGCUGGGGUCGAACCUGAACGAGCACAUCGAGUUCGGAAUCCUUAACCCAACGGACAUGUUCAAGAUUGGACUGACCUCCGGAGCGAUCCAAACGACAGGAAAGAAGUUUGAUCGAGAAGUCCGCGACAACUACGAACUGAUCGUCGAAGCCCGCUCGCAACUUCCGGAUCGAGAGAAACCGCGUGUUGCGCACGUCAUCGUGAACGUCACCAUCCUGGACAUCAACGACAACUGCCCGAUGUUCGUGAAUCUGCCGUACUACGCGGUAGUCUCCGUGGACGACCCGCGGGGAUCGGUCAUCACGAAGGUGCACGCCCUCGAUCUGGACAGCUUCGAAAACGGAGAGGUGCGGUACGAGAUGAAGCGUGGCCACGGGGAGUUGUUCAAGGUGGACCGCAAGACCGGGGAAGUUACGCUGAAGCAAACGCUCGAGGGUCACAACCGGGACUACGAGCUGCUGAUUUCGGCGUACGACGGCGGGAUUACGCCGUGCUCGACGGAUGUUACGGUGCAUGUGAAGGUGAUUGACAAAUCGAUGCCGGUGUUCAGCAAGCAGUUCUACUCGGACACGGUCGCGGAGAACAUCGAGCUGCACUCGCCCCUCUCGGUGGCCAUCCAGGCGGAAAGCCCGCUCGGCCGGAAGCUCAUCUACAGCAUCGUCAAGGGCAACGAGCUGGAGGAGUUUGCCGUCGACUUCAACACAGCCCCGGACAGCACAAACGGCCCAUGUGCGAUCUACGUGGUGGACGAGCUGGACUACGAGCAGCGCCAGAGCUACGAACUUUUAAUUAGAGCCACGGACAGCGUUUCCGGCGUGUCGGCGGAAGUGCCCGUCUCGGUGCUGGUCCAGGACGUCAACGACUGCCCGCCGGAGAUCGAGCAGGACAGCUACAACAUCACCGUGUCCGAGCGGGCCCAGUUCGGGACGGCCAUCCUCAAAGUGCAGGCCAAGGAUAACGACACCGGCAUCAACCAGGUCAUCUCGUACGCCCUGCAAACCGACUCCAAGAACACCUCCGAGUACUUCCACAUGGACGCCACGGACGGCGUAAUCUACCUGAAAAAGUCCCUCGACCACGAAACGCUAAGCCACCAUCACUUCACCGUCAUCGCCAGCGAUCGGGGCGUGCCAAGUCUCAGCUCGACGGCCCACGUGUGGGUGUCCGUCCUGGACAUGAACGACAACCCGCCCAAGUUCGAGCAACCGUCGUACACGUGCGUCCUGUCGGAACACGCGGCCCGCGGCCAGUUCGUGACGGUCGUUUCGGCGUCCGAUCCGGACUACAUCGACCACGAUCGACUCACGUACACAAUAGCCCAGGGCAACGAGCUGCAGACGUACGACAUCGAUCCGAUUUCGGGCAUCAUCACGCUGGUCAACAUGCAGAACUUUGCCGAGAAGCACCAGAGCGUGCUGAACGUUUCGGUCACGGACGGGGUUUACACGAGCUUCACCAGGGUUAAGAUAACGAUCCUGCCGGCGAAUCUGCACAAUCCGGCGUUCGAGCACAUGUUCUACGACGUGAAGGUCAACGAGAAUCAGCUGGCGGGACGGCUGGUUACGACGGUCAAAGCCACCGACAAGGACUUUGGCGAGUACGGUCGGCUCUCGUACAGCAUCAUCUCGGACGAGAUUCAGGAGUACUUCUCGAUCGACAAGGAAAAGGGCGAGAUCGUGACGAAGAAGCGGCUCGACCGCGAGCAGAAGAAGCUGUACGAGGUGCCGAUCAUGGCGGUGGACGCCGGAGGUCGCGCCGGGUUCGCGACGGUUCGCGUAAAGGUCGGCGACGAGAACGACAACGCGCCGGUGUUUUUGUACCGGGAGUAUAAGGCGCUGAUCCAGGGUAACCUGACGGUCAAUACGACGUUCUUCCGGGUGAAGGCGAUUGACGAGGAUGACAACCAGAACGCGGUGGUGAAGUACUCGAUCUUUGACUCGCAGAACAGCGGGGUGAAGGAUCUGUUCGGGAUCGACGAGAACACGGGCGGGAUUUAUCUGAAGAAGAGCGCAACACAAUGGGAAAACCAACUGUUCCAGUUCUUCAUUCGCGCGAAUGACGGCGGAACUCCGUCACUGUACACCGACGUCCCGAUCGAUAUCUACAUCAUGAGUUCAGCGGACAACCCGCCCGUCUUCGAAAAGAAAGAAAAGUUACUCUUCCUGUCGGAGAGUUCCCUCCCUGGAACGGUGAUCACCCGGCUCAAGCUGUCCGGCAACGUAACGGCGUCGUAUCGCAUCCUCUCAGACGAGCUGGAAGAACCGCAGUUCUCGAUCAACAAUGCCGGAGAGCUACGGCUUGCGAAGACGCUUGAUCGUGAGUUGAAAGAUGUCCAUCUGAUCGCGAUCCUCGCUGAAACUGACCCAAGUCCACCAUUGACGGCGGUUACCGAGGUGAUCCUGCACGUGCAGGACGAGAACGAUAAUACACCGAUCUUCGAAAGUAAUCCCUACUCGUUCGUGCUGGCGGAGAACAUCGAGAAGGGAAGUUCGAUCAUGAAGUUGACGGCACGGGAUUCGGAUAGUGGUUCGAAUGGGGAUAUUCGGUACUCGUUGUCGGCUGACGUUGGAGAUAUCGUGAACAUCUUCGAUGUUGACGCUUACACGGGGUGGAUCACUACGCUAGUUCCGUUGGAUAAGGAGAAGCGAGAGGACUACAAGUUCCAGGUGAUCGCGACCGAUAAUGGGCAGCCUAAACAUGCUACGAGAACUACGGUGAUCAUACGGCUUAAAGACUACAACGACUGUCCUCCGACGUUCAAGGAAUCGCGAUACAACUCGAGCGUCAGCGAAGACGCACUACCUGGAACGGUAGUUCUGCAGAUCUCCACCACCGACAAAGACGUCGAUCUCAAAACGCCCAUUGAGUACUACAUAAUUUCCGGCGAUCCGCUGUCCCAGUUCCAGAUCAAAAACACCGGCGAGGUGUUUGUCGUAAAGGCGCUCGAUCGCGAAAGCAUCUCCCGCUACGAGCUGGGCGUGAUCGUCACCGACGGCAAAUACACCUCGACCACCAACAUCUCGAUCACCGUGCUGGACGCCAACGACAAUCCUCCUUACUGCUUGAAGUAUCGAUAUCGCGAGCAGUUAAGCGAAGGAGUUCACCCGGGCACGUUUGUGCUGCAGAUCCAGGCAAACGACAUCGAUGAACCCGCAAAUAGUCGGUUGCGCUUCUACCUGACCGGCAACGGAGCCGAGGACUUCAACCUGGACAAGGAUUCCGGCCAGCUGAAGACCGCACGCCAACUCGAUCGCGAAACCCAAUCCAAGUACCAACUCACGGCACACGUCCAGGAUCGUGAUCAUCCCGGCUGGGAGUGCUCCUCCCAGAUCGUGAUCGUCGUCACCGAUCUCAACGACAACCCGCCGGAGUUCUCGCUCAAUCCGUACAGCGUAACGCUACCGGAGGACGCGGAAGUUGGCACGCUCGUCACCAAGAUCCACGCCACGGACGCCGACAUCGGCGUCAACCGCAAGAUCAAGUACUCGUUCAUCGACUCGUACCGCGAUCACUUCCGAAUCGCUCCGGACAGCGGCAUCGUAACGCUCUCGAAACCACUCGAUCGUGAGGUCAAGGCCCUGUACAACCUAACCGUGCGGGCAACCGACCAGGGCAAACCAUCGCUCUUCAACAGCGCCUUCCUGAUCGUCAACGUGCAGGACAUCAACGACAACCCACCAGAGUUCACCUCCAAGCACUACUUCGCGUCAGUCCCCGAGAUCAACUCGGUUGGAUCGGAGAUCCUGAAGGUGCUCGCCACCUCCAAGGACACCGGCAUAAACGCCGAGAUCAACUACUCGAUCAUCGGAGGAAACGAGCACCGCAAGUUCGCCAUGAACAACAGGACGGGAAUCCUGUCGCUGGCGGACACGCUGGACUACGAACGCGCCAAGGAUUACUUCCUGACAAUACAAGCGGUCGAUGGAGGAACGCCUCCGUUGAGCAACCUCGCUACAGUGAAUAUCUCCGUGACGGACAGCAACGACAAUCCGCCACAGUUUACGCAGAACUCUUACACGGCACGCAUCCGAGAGGACGCCCAGAAGGGGGACAAGAUACUGCAGGUGCGAGCGAACGACAUGGACGCAGAGGAGAACGGUCGGGUCAGUUACAAGAUCGAGCGCGGCGAUCGGAUGGGUCAGUUUGCGAUCGAGCCGGAGACGGGGUACAUCUCGGUGGCGGGAACGCUCGAUCGGGAGUCGAUCUCGAACUACGUGCUCGAAGUUCAGGCGCGGGAUAACGGACUGCCUACGCUGACCGCGUACGUGCUGGUCAACAUUGAGAUAUCCGACGCGAACGACAAUCCGCCAAUCUUUACCAUUCAGAACUACACGGCUGUGGUGCAGGAGGACAAGCAGAUCGGGUAUACACUGCUGAAGUUUGAGGUAACGGACGCGGAUUCCGCGCCAAACGCCGCACCGUACACGUUCGACUUCCGGUCUGGAAACGACGGGGGAGCGUUCCGCAUCGAGCAGGACGGCAUUCUACGCACAGCAACACGCUUCAACAGCAAGAUUAAGGACUCGUACCAGCUGCAGAUCCGGGUGUUUGACAACGGAGCACCGCCACUGUAUUCGGACACGUGGGUCUCGGUGAAGGUGAUCGAGGAGUCGCAGUACCCGCCGGUGAUCACCCCGCUGGACAUCUCGAUCAACUCGUUCCUGGACGAAUACCCGGGUGGUGUGAUUGGGAAGGUGUUCGCUACGGAUCAGGAUCAGUACGAUACGUUGACGUUCGGGCUGGCACCGACCGCCGGGGUGUUGUACUCGCCGACGAAUUUGUUUAACAUCUCACGGAAUGACGGAGUGCUGUACGCGUUUCCACGGUUGGACGUUGGAGAUUACCGGGUAAAUGUGACGGUGUCGGACGGGAAGUUCUCGUCGUACACGAUCGUGAAGGUAGCGGUUGAGUUGGUAACCGAUGACAUGCUGACCAACUCGAUCGUGAUUCGGUUUACCAAGGUCAGUCCGGAGUCGUUCAUUCUGAGUCACAGAAAGGGUUUCAUAAGGUCCGUCCGGAACUCGAUGGGUUGCAAGAUCAAGGACAUCAUAAUCAUCUCGGUGCAGAAGUCAACCGACGACAUCAACCUGAUUCACCACCGCUUCCGACGGGAUUUGAGCAACGUGACGCACUUGCUCGAGAGUCCGCGUCACCGACGCGGCACUAUCAACGAUCUUGACGUGUUGUUCACAGUACGGAAAGGCCCGACCGGGUACUACUCGGCGUACGAGAUCCGCAAGGCGAUCGACGACAAUCUGGAGGAGAUCGAGGACGCGACCAAGCUGCAGAUCGACGAGGUCGUCAAGUCCAAGUGUUUGCCCAACUUUUGCACGCACGGCGAGUGCGAGGACAAGCUGGUGCUGGAUCCGAAGAUCGUGAACCCCAUCUCGACGGACGUGACGAGCUUCGUGUCGGCGCGGCACAUCCACAAGAUGGAGUGCAACUGCAAGGAGGGUUACGGCGGGGACAAGUGCCAGCACGCGGUGAACGAGUGCUCGAAGGCGCCUUGUCCGAACUACAAGAACUGCGUGCCGGACUCGUCGGAUCAGGGCUAUCACUGCAUCUGUCCGGAGGGUUUCGCGGGGCCAAAGUGCGAUCGGGAUAUCAGCAAGUGCAACGAUGAGACGUGCUACACGCCGAGGAAUCCGGUGUCGUUCAGCGGGAAGAGCUAUGCGCACUACAGGAUUGAGAAGGAGAUCGCGAAGAAGAACCUGGAGGAUCAGCUGAUGUUGAGCUUGAGGAUUAGGACGGUGCAGCCGACGGGGAACAUUAUGUACUCGUCGGGGAAGGUGGACUACAAUAUACUGGAGAUUGUGAAUGGGGUGAUUCAGUACAGGUUCGACUUGGGUUCUGGAGAGGGAAUGGUCAGUGUUACGAGCAUCUUCGUAUCGGACGGGUUGUGGCACGAGGUACGGUUGGAGCGUGAAGGUAACAGCGCUCGGGUGAUUGUGGAUAACAAGCACGUAGCUAGUGGGAACGCCCCGGGAGUGAACGGAGUGUUGAACCUCCAGUCGGACGAUAUCUACUUUGGAGCGGAGGUCAAGCAGCAUCCGACGGUGCUCGGAUUUGAGGACAUUCAGCGUGGUUACAUGGGCUGCAUGGACGAUAUUAAGCUGUCGAAGAUCCCGGUUCCGCUGCACAUGAACGGAGCUAGUUCCGUGGCGAGUUUGAGACGAUUCGCCAACGUGGAGUUCAGUUGUGAUGCUUCCGCGAUCCUGGUUCCGCUGGGAGUUUGUGGGACGCAGCCGUGCUGGAACGGAGGCACCUGUACGGAUAUUGGAGGUGGCAACUUUGAGUGUUUGUGCCACUCGAGAUUCUCAGGACUGUUCUGCAAGGAAGAUCUGGAUCCGUGCGCUUCGUCACCUUGCUUGUAUGGGGGGAAGUGUUCGAAGUUGAGUCCUGGAAACUACACGUGCGACUGCCCGGCGAGGAUGAGCGGCAAGCGGUGCGACUACGGAAGGUUCUGCACUCCAAAUCCGUGCCGGAACGGUGGAGUUUGUGAAGAAGGGGACGAUGGUCCGCUUUGUAUGUGUCGUGGUUACACGGGGACGACCUGUGAGAUCGACAUAGAUGAGUGCGAGCAGCAACCUUGCGGUAACGGUGCGACCUGUAUCAACGAAGCGGGUAGCUUCCGGUGUGUCUGCCCACCUGAGAUGACCGGAGCUAGCUGUGGCGAUCCGCUGUACACCUUCCCGCUGAGGAUCCCGUUCAAUUCGGUAACCUCCGAGCAGUGGGUGCUGUUUGCGAUCGCCUUGGGAGGUCUCGUCAUACUGAGCUUGCUGAUCUACGGCAUCGUGGUUGUCUGCAGGAAGAAGCGACGCGUUCAUCGCCACGAGAAGAUCAACAACGACCCGAAAGCCAUGGUCCUGAACUCGGUAUCGGACAACUCGCAGUACAAGCGAUCGUCCAAGAUGAGCAACCUGGAGAUCAUCCAGCGCGACAUGCAGCAACGGCCGGUCUCGUACACUCCUAGCAGCAACAACGAUCAUCCGUACACGUGCAACGCAAUGCUACAGUACAACAACCUGGACACCCUGCGAAGUUACGGCUCUGCUGGAGACGAGCUCGAAAACGUCCCGCCAGAAUACCGAAAAGCCUCGGUCCGACCCAACCAACAACUGGUCAACAUCAACAGCGGUAACGCCUCGAGCGACACCGAGUCCCUGCACAAACAGAAAUGGGUCGACCAGAUGCAGAUGCAAACCUUCACCGACUCCAAGAUCAACAACGACCUCAAGCGGAUCAGUCCCAUCUCGUCCCUGGACUCCCACCGAUCGCACAAGCAGCAGCAGUCCGGAAUCCUGCAGGGUCGCCUGCUGAACAUGCCCCAUUCGCCAACGCUGCUCCAACCGCCACAACUGCAGAUGCAGCAACACAGCAGUUUCGAGGAGUCCCCGGGGCUGUCCGUGCACGGCGCCUACCAUUGGGACUGCUCGGACUGGGUCGGCCGGGGGCACCAUCCACUGCCAAACAUCACCGAGGUGCCCGGCAGCGAAGUCCCCGACUCGUCCAGCUUCCACAGCAACGAGAGCAACGAGUCACACCCGAAGAACAACCUGCUACCUCCGAUCCUUGGCCCAGUGGACCCGGCGCGGGACAUCGAAACGCUCAACGAGGACAACGAGUCCGAGUUCGUGGACGACUCGGAGUGCGACCAGAGCGAGCAGCCGCUGUCGCUGGGCUUCGAGCAGAACACUUCCAUUCCAUGUCUGAAUCCUCUCGACAGCGGCAGUGAGGACUACAGAUUCAAUACAGUGCCUUUAAAAGUAAAUACACCUGAUAGUUAUCUACGACACCCGAACAGCUACUUGCCCAAGUACAACAUCCAGAGCGAAACCGAGGGUGAAUGUGCCCCACUAACAGGGGGAGGAGGAGGGGGAGGACCAGGAGGAGCAAGUAGGAAGCCCUUGAACGGGCUCGAGGUGGGCCCCCACCAGCUCGUUGAGUCCGACGAGGACGAGGACGGCAUCCAGGCGUACGGCUUCCCGGUGACGAAGCGACGCAACCGGCGCGAACCCAGUGAUAUCGACAUGGUGCUGCACAGUGGCGGCGAAAGCAGCUCCCUGCUCAGCCACUCGCGCAACCUAAACAGCUCGAACCACUCGAACAGCGAUCUUUCGACGCACCUGUGCGAAAUCGACGACUCCGAGUUCGAGCAGGACUUACCGACGGCGAUGCAACACCACCAGCAGCAGCCACCCCAUCAUCACCACCACCAUCAUCAUCCAACGCAGCAGCAGCUUCAACCAUCCCAGCAGCACCAGUCCAGCUCGUCGUUGUCGUCGUCCGGCGGAAGUGGCCAACCACCGCGGCCCAAACAAAACAAGGUCAAGUGGGCCAACAGCGUCCAGCAGACGGAGGUCUGACAGCAGCUCGACGACGACCCAGCCGACGGCGAAGGCAGCUCAGCCAAGACCACAACCAUCAAGACUUGUAACUUCUCUAGCAGCAUUAGCCGAGCACUAUUGAUGCAACUUUCUAGGUUAACUUAUUUUAUUUAUUUCGUCGUGAGCCUUUCGUAAUAGCUACUUUGUGUCCUGUGUCUUCAUGCGUUCGAAUGUCGCUCUGUGUCUACGUAAUUUUAGUUCUUAAGUUGCCAUUAACGGUUAGGUCAUUUUUUAUACACCCUCAUCACAACAAGGAAUCAAAAUUUUAACACAGACGACAAAAGUUAAGAAGAAAUUACAACAUGAUCUCCGGUAGAGACUCCAACGCGCGGGCGACCUGUCAUCGCGCGUAACCGCAACCAUAUCUCGUGUCACACGUGUUUCGAAAUUCGUAGAAUGCAGCUAAAUUAAAAGUGGUUGCGAAAAAGAGAGAAUGUGAGAUCGAAGCGAAAUGUCGUGCGUUUAUAUCUAAGUAGAAUAUUAAAAUUUAACUUGGCUGCGAAACUUUGGACAGAUUGAGGUUAAAUGGGGGAGAAAUCUAAAGCAGGGCAGGGUUGUUGAGCGGUGAAUUAUUUGCAUCCAACUUGCAAACAACUGUGUAUUGAAUUUGAGAUUAAAAUAUGCUUUUGUUUGAACUAAAGUGCAUUUUGAACCUUUCUUACUAGAAGUGCUGGAAUGAAAUUUAGAUUUUUUCAUAUUUUAAACCAUUAAAAACUGAAAUUAUCUGAACGAGUACUGCGAUGCCUCUCAAGCUAAAAAAUUGUGACGGGGACUUGUUCAAAAGAGAAAUUUCCUUCUGACUGACUUCCCUUCCGAGCUGCGAUGUUAUAAAAAGGGCUUUUCUAAUUAUGUCGUGCAAAAUGGGACAUUUUGGAUCAGGGCAAAUUACAUUCUACUGCAGGGUUUUUUUUUGUUAGCUUGUCUAAACGAAGUGUUUGUCUAGUUUGUCUAUUCCACUGACAUUUGAAUUCGAUGCAGUUUUCUAAGUGAAUGGAAAUUUGUCCAACAGAAAAAAACAUUUUAUACUUUCAAUGCAAAAAUAAUUUCGCUUCGCUUGGAGAUGGUAAUUUACGUAAAAUACGUAAGAAUUCAUGGUUGAGAAUACAACUAAUUUCGCCUGAACUGGAAUCUCAACAGCAUUACUGCCGUCCAUUGCCGACCGAUCCUUGUUCUAGCUUGUUAAAUCUAUUGAAAACUCAAUCUGAAAAUAGAGUUUAACUUUAACAUAAUUUACCAAAAUUUAUUGUUCUUUUUCGAUUUGUCACAUUGCUUAAAUUUUUAAAAGCGAUUCCAACAUGAGUUUGGCAAUAGUUUUUUUUUGUAGUUAAAAUUUAAGAUGAAAUCACAACAAAUUUUGUUAAUCAAAUUUUAUUAAACAACUACACUUUUUCCAAUUUUUUGGUUCUCGUAGCCUUAUUUCAUGAGUAGGUAUGUAAAAAUGUAGCUAAAGCAUGUUUUUCUUAAAUGGAAAAAAAUAAUAUCAAUUGAAAUCCAAAAAUUUGUAGUUUUUAACUUGGUUUAGAUACUCACAUAAAAUAUAAUGACAAAAAAAUCAAAUAAUUUGCAUUUAAGCAUUAACCUUAACGGUUAUAUAAUUUAAACAGCUUUUGCACUGAAAAAUCAUGAAAACACUGACAACUUGAUAAAUCAACAUUGAUAUUCGAAUUGCACAUCAAAAUCUUCACAAUUUAAAAGAAAACUGAAUAUUUGACACGAAUUACUUCAUAUUUCAACUUUUUCAAAUGACUGCUUUUUGUUUCAAGCUUUUUUUAAUUCGAAAAAAUAAUAUUAAUCAAGGUUGUUAACAAUCAAAUUAUCGUGGCUCGAUAACGAUAACGAUAAUCUAUCGUUAUCGUUAUCGUUAUUUCAAUAAUUUUAUCGGCAAUAAUCAUAUCGCCGAUAAUGUACAAAAACUCAUUUUAAAAUCUUUCUAAAAUCGACUUAAUUCAACCAUAUCAUAUCAUCAUGAAUUUAUUUUUUGAAAAUCAUUCAUAAUUUAUAAUAUUGGUUACAAACGAAGUGAAAUUGUGUAUGAUUUUUCACUUUAUUAGAGUUUUUUUGGAAAAUACUAAAAUUUUCACAAAUUUUCGUACUUUUUCGAAAAUUCUUAAAUUUUCAAAAUAUGCAAUUUGGGUAUCAAACGAAGCGAAAUUUUGUUUGCUUUUUCACAUUAAUUGAUUUUUUUUUCGAAAAUAAUAAAAUUUUCACAAAACAUCGUAUUUUUCGAAUGUACUCAAAUUUUCAUAAUUUGUAAUAUGGGUACCAAACGAAAAGAAAUUUUGAUUGCUAUUUCAGUUUUUUAGAGUUUUUUGUAAAAUACGAAAAUUUUCACAAAAUACCGUAUUUUUUCGUAAAUACUCAUAUUUUUUUAAUUUGCAAUAUGGGUAUCAAACAACGCAAAAUUUGGUAUAAAGUAUGCGAAAUUUCCCUUCGUUUGAUACACAUCUUUCAGAUUUUGAAAAUUUUAGUUGUCGAAAAAAUAUGGUAAUAUGUGAAAAUUUUACUUCUUUCCUAAAAGAAAACUUAAAUAAACUUAAAAAGCAUACGAAAUUUCAAUUCAUUUUAUAUCCAUAUUGCAAAUUUUGUACAUUUGAGUAUUUCCGAAAAAAUACGGUAAUUUGUGAUUUUUUUUUAAUUUUCACAAAAGAAAACUCUAAUAAACUGCAUAAGCAUACCAAAUUACAAUUCGUUUGAUACCAAUAAUUGAAAUUAUGAAAAUUUUAGUAUUUUACAAAAAAAUUAAGUGAAAACAAAAUAAAAAAUUGCGCUUCGUUUGAUAUCCAUAUUGCAAAUGAUGAAAAUUUGAUUAUUUUCGAAGUAUACGAUUUUUUGUGAACAAUUUUGAGUGCAUUUUAAUAUUUUGAAAUUAACUACAUUUUCGAAACAUAUAUUCUUAGUGAAAGCAUUGAAAACUUAACGGCACCCAUUGACAUUUGAGUUAAAGUUUUUUUGUUCUUGAUUAUGAAUUUGCAUUCCAGUAUUCUUAUCUUUAAUUGGAUAAAUUCUACAAAAAACCAGGCUAUUUGUUUAUGUGAAAAUGCAGUUUUGUAAGUUUACAGUAUAAAGCUUGUUGUAGUCCGAUUGUUAUAAAUUUUUGUGAUUAAAAUACUUCUUUUCACUUAUCCUUCAACAUUGAUAAGCUGACAACCCAGUCGGGAGAUAUCCUUUUUUUACUCAAUUCACGGAUAAUGUCUACAGAAAUAAUCUCACUAACCUCUUUUUGAAUAAUUAUUUUUCGUUCUUUAUUUUCAUGAAAAAAGUUCCAACGCAUAACGACGAAAUAAUUUAAAACAGUUUUAAUUUGUGUAAACUUAUAAAUUAAAUUAAAACUAAUCAGCAAAGAAAUGAUGGUAAUAUUAAUCAAGGAAUGGUGACAGAUUUUGUGUCAAAAUAAGAAACUGGUGAAUUUCAUCAGGUUGACAUUUUUACACAUUUAAAAAUAAAAAAAAAUAAAAUUAAUCAAAAGUGAGAAAAUAUUCAACCAACCAAAUUUUAAACCUUUCAAAAAUAAACUGUUUUACUGUGUAGCGCAGUUCUAGAAGAUUAUUAAAUAAAAAUUAACGAAAUCGGACUGGAGUGUUUUUUUAAAGCAAAUUCCGAUUCUUUUUUCUGAGCCGAUAUGAAAUCUUGAUAGUUAAAUAUUCAUUAAAAUUGUUUGGUUCCGGUUUCCUUUUUUCCUGAUUAACCCUAGCAUUCGUUAAAUAUUUUUUCGAUAUCAUGAUGAGUUCAGGAACCUGAGAAACGACUAUUAAGAGACAUAGCCAUUUGAGGAAGUACUCAUUUGGAGGAAUAGCAUGUUCAGAGAUGCUUCAUUUAGAAAAAUGACUUAUUAGAAAGGGGUAUUUUUGGGGUUGUAACAAUUGGGUGAUGCGUCACAGAAUCUUUGAAAAUGAUGGUAAAUCGAUAAUUUAGUGUAUCUUUUUUGAAUCAGUAGUCUACAAACUGUCAAACAUUCACCAAUUUUCGAUCAUUUGGCAGAGAAUUUGGUGCUGAAUAAAUAAAAACAUUAGGAAUGUACAAAAAAAUAUUACGAAUUCUUUCUGAGCUGAGUUCACAAAAUAACUAUAGUUAAUAACUUAAAAUUAGUAUUUUUCCAAAUCUAUUAAUAGAUUCAACCAAAUUAUAAAAUAAUGAACGUUCAAUGUUUUGAAUAUUUUUGUUUAACAUAAAACUUUUUUUAAAACGUUACUUAAUGCCUUCCUGCUAAAAGCCUUGCAACCACACACUACGAAAGCUUUGGCUAACGCUUACUUAGUAAAGACACUAUAUAUCUGAGUGCUGCCAUCUAGGUAUGAUAAAUUUAAUGAACCAUUUGAAAGCACUGCAGUGUUUGUGUGCGUGCACUGAGAGUAAAGUUCCGACAGCUAUCCGCCGGAGCUUUCAAAUUAUGUAAAUAAUGACCCUUUUUAGUAUCAACCAAAACAGUUUUUCGAACAUAUCUUUUAAAGUACUGCACCAAGCCGGAUGAAAUUUAAAAAAGACUUAAAGAACCUGAAGGUAAAUCCAAAAAUAUAGAUCCGGACAAAAUCGGUCGAGCCAGUUCCGAGAAAAGUGAGUGAGAAAAAAAAUUCUACGUCCAUCCACACGCACAGACAUUUGCUCAGAAUUUGAUUCUGAGCCGAUAUGUAUACGUAAAGGUAUAUCUGGGAGGCUUAUUUAAAAAGUUCAAUUUUUGAGUGAUUUUAUAGCCUUGCCUCAGUGAGGUGAGGAAGGCAAAAAUAAUAUAAAUCGCAGAAAAUAUCAUCAUGUUUACUAACAGGGAUGACAAAAGUUCCAUCGCUAACAACUCUACCCUGACACUACAGUUGUGGUAGAUAAAUAAACAACUCGUGUAAAAAAAAAUCAAAUCGCAGCCAGAUAAAAAAAGAAACCGUUUCGAAACGGCGAACAAUUCUGAAGAGAUUAGAAAUCGCAAAAAUAGAAGAAAAAACCACACACUUACAUUGAAACAAACAUUAUCAAAUCCGCGCAGCUCCGAAAGGCAAAAUCGCAAUUUAGGAACGAAGUGAAAACAUUGUUGUAAGAUAGAGUAAAACGGAAACGGAAUGAACGUAUCUAAAUGAGAAAAGAGCUAGAAAGAGAGAAAAUGAGAGAGAGCGCAUUAGCAGUUAGUAAUAAAACAACAACACACACACUCUAGGUCUAAUGUUUUCAUUGAAAAUUUGAAAAGUCUAUAGUCGGUAAGGAUUUUUUAUUGCGGAGAAGAACACAGUUCGAACGAGAAUACAAUCAAUGACUGAUACACACACAAACAAAUAAAAAAAGAAACAUACAAGAUUAGUAGAAUCACACGAGGGAGAGUCGAGAAGGGGAAAGUGGGAAGAAUAAGUGACUAUUUUUUUAGGAUUAAAUGGCAGCAAAAUAUGUCGUCACACACACACUGCGAAGAAGAAGAUUUCAGUUAAUUCUAACGUAACUUAGUUUUCCAUUAAAAAAAAACACAUAGAAAUCAAAGCAAGACACCUUCCAGUAUUCAUCUAAGAAGAAACGUACCAACAUUUCCAAAAUUCCACGUCAAAUCGGCACAAACUUUCUUCAAACCAUUCUUCUCUCCCAGACUCGAAUCGUUCUACUUAAGGUUAAAACCUUUAAACCAGCCCUGUUUUACAUUCGAAUUUUAAUCCACGUUUUAGCUCUAAUUGUAAGCCAACAAAUGCGAAACACACUGGUUCACAAACAAAAGAAACACUCUGUUAAUUCUAUGGUGCUCUACUUAAAAACGACAACAAAACAAAAUGGUAACAAACUAAUCUAUUUUCACACCGUUUCCUUUGAAAAACCAUUAAAAUUACAUCCCAUUUCGUGUACAUUACUUAGUGGAAAAUGUUAGUGUUAAGUUAACCAACUGACAAGCAGCUUCUUUUAAGUUUAAGUUUAUUUUUCCACCACAUUAAUCCUUAGCCCUGCCCCGGUAGCUAAACUCAGCAAAAAGUAACAACUUUAAUUUUACGUGACAAAAUCAACUAAACAAAAAUAGCUAAUUACGAAAAAGUUAAAGUCGCUUAAUUCAUGGAUUUUUGUUUCACAAAAAAACGAAGAAAAAACUAUCAUGUAAAAAACAAACAUCUUUUAGGGGGACUCAAACGAAGAAGCGCGAUCGGCGUUGCCGGCAAUUAGUCUAAUUGAAACGAAUUCCUUUUCUGUUGCGGUUGGUAGGUUUAAGAAAAACAAAAAUCGCGAGAGACUUUUUUCUCUCCUGCGGUAGCGAAUAAUAAAAAGAAGAAAAAAAAUGUAUCAGUAUAGUUUAAUUUCUAAAACUGUGAAAUAGCAAAGAAAAAAAAAACAACUCGAGCAUUGGAGGAAAAAGAGGAAAAAAUCGCGCGUGAAGAGAAUAACCAA